UUCACUGGGGGAAGAAGGCGGCGGGCGCCCUUUGCGCCGGGAAGCCGGAGCCACGAUUGGGCGACGGUCCCUGAGCCUCCAGGUCCGUGUCGGUUUCAAGGCUCCUCCCUCCUGGUGAAAGACAGACUGCGGGGCGCCUGGAAACCGGUCCGAGGGCGCGCGAGGGAGAGGAGAGCUAGCGAGUUGAGGGAUUGACACAAAUGGUCAGGCGGCGGCGGCGGAGAAGGAGGCGGAGGCGCUGGGGGGAGCCGAGGCCGCUGGGCUGCCGAGAGUUGCGCGCUCUACCCGGCCGCGGCCACUAGCGCGGCGCCGCCAGCCGGGAGCCAGCCAGCCGAGGGCCAGGAAGGCGGGACGCGACCCCGGCGCGCCCGAGCCACCCGGGCUCUCCCCGCCGCCCGCGCUUCAUGAAUCGCAAGUUUCCGCGGCGGCUGCGGGGCGCAGAGCGGGAGACGGGGGAGCGGGCCGAGCGCGGCUCGGGCUCGACGGAGGGCACCGGCGCGGAGGAGAUCUCCCCGGCCGCAGGGGGAGCCGCCGCCCGCCGCGCCAGCACCCACCCCAGCCGAGCGGCGCCAAGAAAGGAGCUGAAAAAGUAUGGCUGAGGAGGAGGCGCCUAAGAAGUCCCGGGCCGCCGGCGGCGGGAGCUGGGAACUUUGUGCCGGGGCGCUCCCGGCGGGGCCGGUGGCAGAGGGGAGCUGGGACUCUGGCCACCGCCGCCGCCCCCCAGCUGGCUCCGGGCGCUUGGCGCGCUGGCUACUGCUGCUGCUUUGGCUGCUGGAAGCUCCGCUGCUGCUUGGGGUCCGGGCGCAGGCGGCGGGCCAGGGGCCCGGGCCAGGUCAGCAGCCCCCGCCGCCGCCGCCUCAGCAGCAACAGAGCGGGCAGCAAUACAACGGCGAGCGGGGCAUCUCCAUCCCGGACCACGGCUACUGCCAGCCCAUCUCCAUCCCGCUGUGCACGGACAUCGCGUACAACCAGACCAUUAUGCCCAACCUGCUGGGCCACACGAACCAGGAGGACGCGGGCCUCGAGGUGCACCAGUUCUACCCGCUGGUGAAGGUGCAGUGCUCGGCCGAGCUCAAGUUCUUCUUGUGCUCCAUGUACGCGCCGGUGUGCACGGUGCUGGAGCAGGCGCUGCCGCCCUGCCGCUCCCUCUGCGAGCGCGCGCGCCAGGGCUGCGAGGCGCUCAUGAACAAGUUCGGCUUCCAGUGGCCGGACACGCUCAAGUGCGAGAAGUUCCCGGUGCACGGCGCGGGCGAGCUGUGCGUGGGCCAGAACACCUCGGACAAGGGCACGCCGACGCCCUCGCUGCUGCCCGAGUUCUGGACCAGCAACCCCCAGCACGGCGGUGGGGGGCACCGCGGCGGCUACCCGGGGGGCUCCGGCGCGUCGGAGCGCGGCAAGUUCUCCUGCCCGCGCGCCCUCAAGGUGCCUUCCUACCUCAACUACCACUUCCUGGGGGAGAAGGACUGCGGCGCGCCCUGCGAGCCGACCAAGGUGUACGGGCUCAUGUACUUCGGGCCCGAGGAGCUGCGCUUCUCGCGCACCUGGAUCGGCAUCUGGUCGGUGCUGUGCUGCGCCUCCACGCUCUUCACGGUGCUCACGUACCUGGUGGACAUGAGGCGCUUCAGCUACCCCGAGCGGCCCAUCAUCUUCCUGUCGGGCUGCUACACGGCCGUGGCCGUGGCCUACAUCGCCGGCUUCCUGCUGGAGGACCGGGUGGUGUGUAACGACAAGUUCUCCGAGGACGGGGCGCGCACCGUGGCGCAGGGCACCAAGAAAGAGGGCUGCACCAUCCUCUUCAUGAUGCUCUACUUCUUCAGCAUGGCCAGCUCCAUCUGGUGGGUGAUCCUGUCGCUCACCUGGUUCCUGGCGGCCGGCAUGAAGUGGGGCCACGAAGCCAUCGAGGCCAACUCGCAAUAUUUUCACCUGGCCGCCUGGGCCGUGCCGGCCAUCAAGACCAUCACCAUCCUGGCGCUGGGCCAGGUGGAUGGCGACGUGCUGAGCGGGGUGUGCUUCGUGGGGCUCAACAAUGUGGACGCGCUGCGGGGCUUCGUGCUGGCGCCUCUCUUCGUGUACCUGUUCAUCGGCACGUCCUUUCUGCUGGCCGGCUUCGUGUCGCUCUUCCGCAUUCGCACCAUCAUGAAGCACGAUGGCACCAAGACCGAGAAACUGGAGAAGCUCAUGGUGCGCAUCGGCGUCUUCAGUGUGCUUUACACGGUGCCGGCCACCAUCGUCAUCGCCUGCUACUUCUACGAGCAGGCCUUCCGGGACCAGUGGGAGCGCAGCUGGGUGGCCCAGAGCUGCAAGAGCUACGCCAUCCCCUGCCCCCAUCUCCAGGCCGGCGGAGGCCCCCCGCCAUACCCGCCCAUGAGCCCUGACUUCACAGUCUUCAUGAUUAAGUAUCUUAUGACGCUGAUCGUGGGCAUCACGUCAGGCUUCUGGAUCUGGUCUGGCAAGACCCUUAACUCCUGGAGGAAGUUUUACACGAGACUCACCAACAGCAAACAGGGGGAGACCACCGUCUGAGACCUGGGGGCUCGCUCAGCCCGUUCCCAGCCCUCGGCCCGGGCCCAGCUACCUUUCCAAAACCUUUCCCCAUGGAAUCCUGGCCAACCCUGGCUGCUCUAUGCUUCCUCACUUGACUAGACACUUUCGCAGGCUUCUUUUUAACACCAUAGCUCCUGCAAAAGCUUCCGUCCCUGGGGGCAAAGGAACUCCAGGGCCCAACUGCCUGAGGGGGGAUGGACCGACCUCUCCCCCUGGUACCUGGACUGUACGCUUUUAUGAUUGUAAAUAGCCUGUGUAAGAUUUUUGACUGCAGGACAUAAACUGAAUAUGAAAACUUGAAGGAGAUUUCAGUGUAAUGGACUUACUCAAAAUGAAGUGCUACUUUCUGAUUUUUUAACAAAUAAUAAUUAGACAUAUAUCAGAAACUUUAAAAUGUAAAAGUUGUACUUUGGACAUAUUAUGAUUCUUAUUCAGCAACACAUUCUGAGGGAGGAACCAUCCACAUCAUUAAUGACAACCUGGUAAGAGUCCCAGAGGUAAAGGAGGUGGAAUAAUUGAUGGGAUUAGCUCCUGAAAUUAACAAAAUAUGGGCAUGCAUGCUAAAGGGAAACUGUGCAGGUCUGCUGCAUUAAAUCCUGUAUGCUCCUUUUUGGAUUUACAGAAAUGUAUCAAAUGUAAAUCUUUCAAAGCCAUUUAAAAUAUUCACUUUAGUUCUCUGUGGAAAAGAUGAGACAAGCAAUCCUCCUGAUUGUAUUGUAAACUUUAAGAGUUUAUCAAAAUGCCGGUACUUAGGACCUAAAUUUAUGUCUGUCAUACCCUAAAAUGACAAUGGUGUUUGAAUUUGGUAUGCAUUUAUUCUGUUCACUAUCACAAAAUCAUCUAUAUUUAUAGAGGAAUAGAAGUUUAUAUAUAUAUAUAUAUAUUAUACCAUAUUUUUAAUUUCGCAAAUAAAAAAAUCAAAGUUUUGUACAAAAUUAUAUGGUUUUUGUGCCUGAAAAUAAUAGCGUUGAAACUGUCUAAACUACAAACUAUCUUUACAUUUUAUAGUGUCUCAUGGCCAGUCCCACAGUAUAUAAAUUCAGGAAUUCAAUGAAAAAGCCUAUCUUUAAACCUUCAUACCCAUCCUUCCAAAGACUUAUCAUACUUGCAUUGUGAUUGACAUUGUGAAGAAAAGAUCUGCUUGCAGGACAGUAACAAUAUAAAAGAGAAGUUUGAACAUUAUUUCUUUACUCAAAGAAAAUUAUUAAAAAGAGAACUCUAAUUUUAAUAUUAAACCUUUUUUUUGUUUCCAGGGGUAAGUUUACAUGAUUUUUUAUAAUAUGGAGGUUUAUUUUUAAAUCAUCAGCCAUCACCUUCAUCACAGUUUUUAUGAGGUAUUGUCUUAUAUUUUCCAUAAUCUUGUAUAUUCCAAAACCGUAAACAGGUAUUCAAUAAAUGGUUAACUGAC